AUGGAAGUGCAGACAAGAGCACGUACCAAAUUUGGCGAUCCCUUCACGACGUUCGUCCGCGAGCGGGUCAACGAGGGCGCGCCGGGAACUCCAACUUAUCCUCGUCUGUACGAGGGAGUCUACCCGAGACAAAUAUGCCCGGGGAUGGUUGGACCGGUGGACGACGGCAUGUACUACUGUCUCGGCAAGGAACACGGGUACUGCGAUCGACGGUCCGGCACCUGUUUCUGCAACGUGGGGUAUCAGGGAACCUCCUGCCAAGAGUGCUCCUCAACGCACUACGAGCAGGGUGGCUUGUGCUACCCCAAGCUGCUAUGCCCCAGCGACUGCAGCGAGGCAGGAACGUGUCACCACUCCAACGGCACCUGCUCGUGCUUGCCGCACCGGGUGGGCGACGACUGCUCCUCGCUCUACUGUUCGUCGGUGUUCAGCUCUCGUUGCACGGAAUGCACCGCGGACGGUUGCACGUCGUGCGAAAGCGGCUACUACGUGGAUUAUUUGGGUGGCGGAGUAGACUGCCUUCCGUGCAAUCGCCACGAUCCACGCUGCACAGAGUGUGACGAAGAAUCUUGCCUCGAGUGCACAGAUCCGCUCCUUUUGUCGAUACGUCGAUCCGGGAUGCGCAUCGACGACCCCGCAUUACCGUUCGAUGAGAUGGAGAGGGAGCUGCCUCACGCUCUUGAAUUCGGGACGAAGGAUCCUCGAUAUUUCGCAUCAGCGGAAGCGUUUGACGUGGUGGCCAAUGCGUCCUCACCACUGAACGAAACCAGCGUGGCGUGCGCCCAAGGAGUGUUCGGGGAUGACUCUUGGGCGUGCGAGGGGAAAACCGUCAGCCAUCGGUACGAGGCGUUCGAGGACCCCUCGGCUUCGGCCGGGGCAUACGCCGCCGCUGCGUACGGGACAGCCACCACCAACGGGACUGUCAGAGUUACCGUGGUACGCACCGGCGGCGGAUACGGCACGGUCGGGGUGAGGUACCGGCUGCGACACGGGACCACGGACGGGGCGGACGUUUCGCCCCACGCUUUCUACACCACCAGCGAUGAACUCGUCUUUGACCCCGGGGUGGUAGAACUAUCGAUCCUUCUGGGAGUUCACGAAGAUGGGGAGGCUGAAACCGAAGAGUACUUCGACCUGUUCCUCCUCGAGCCGUGGGGCGGAGCGCGCCUUGGAUCGCAGCAGCGCACUAGAGUGACAAUUCUCGAUGCGGAGAGCAACGGAACGGUGACCCAUCACUCAACAACUUCUUUACUCUUCGACCGGGACAGCAGCGAUGGCAUUAUCUAUGAGGAGGAAACGCAAUGUUCGGGUUACGAUGCCGACGAUAAUGAUGAUAGUGAUGUUGUUGUUGUUGUUGCGGGGAUGCUCGGGAACGUUACUCUCGUGGCCAGGGAUGCGCUGGGAAGAUUGAGGGGCUUUGGUGGGGAUGUCUUCGAGGCGUGGGUAGAGGUUCGGGGGGAAGAGGAGGGAGAGACCAACGGGGUCAAAGGGGGCAGCGUCUCCUUGGACGGCUACAACGCCUCCGUAGGUUUGGAGUCGAAUGGUAUACCCUUGACGUCACCGGCGGCGGUAGAAGCAGCAACGCCGGCAAUGGUUCGCGUGGAAGAUCUCGGCAGCGGUGACUACACCGUCAGCUACCAGGUUUAUAGCGCCGGGGAUUACUUGCUUCGAGCGGCACUUUGUCGACCUGGAGGUCUGACCGGGCGCUACACGAGCGACUCCUUCUUUCAAAACCAGGAGUUCCAGAGGGUAGACAGGGUCAUGAACUUCACUUGGGGUGCGGGAGCGAUCGUUGGGACCGCCACGGACUUCGCGGGAGCCCGCUGGUCGGGUCGAAUCAGGCCUGACUACUCGGAAACCUUCGAGUUCGAAUUGGGCACGGCGGUGGGAGGAGGAGACGCGGCGAGAUUAUGGAUCGACGGUGCUGUCAUUAUCGAUGGCUUUGAACGUGGCAGCGGAACUGUCGGUGAUUGGGAAGGCACGGAGGAGGGGCUGGGAGGCGGGGGCACGGGCUACGUCAACCUCACCGCUGGCACCUUACAUGAGAUCUACGUCGAAUACAGCGAGAGGAGAGGGGAUGCCUCGCUUUACCUUGCGUGGUCCAGCCCAAGCGUUUCCCGACAAAUCGUUCCCCCAAUGAACCUCUACUGGGUGAGAGAUCUAGGCAGUGGCGGCAGCCCACGCGUGCUAGCGGUUCGAUCGGCGCUAACGUCAGGCGAGAAGAGCGAGGCGUUCGGCGAAGGGACCGUAUCGGCCGUUGCAGCUCUUCCCUCGACCUUCACGAUUGUGCCAAGGGACGCGUUUGGAAACCUUAGGGUGGAUGAGAUGGAUGCCGACGUGGCCCCGUCCGACCAUUUUUCGGUUGUGCUGGAGGCAAUCAGUUACUACAACGACGAAGAUGGAUCCACCACCUUGGGUGGCGUUUACGGGGCGGCGGGGAGCGGAGGCGCUGUCGUCACGGGCAAGCUGGAGUUUGACGCAGAAAACGGCGUGUUUUUGGUCGAGUACGUGCCGUUUGUGGCUGGUACUCACCUGCUCAAUGUCACGUUUCAGGAAUGGCUGUUCGAGCCGGAAGAACACGUCAAGGGCAGCCCCUUCACGGUGACAGUUGCGCCGGGGGAAGCCUUCGGCCGGCGCAGCGACGCAUGGGGGGACGCCCUGGGGAGCAGCAGCAAUGCCAAUAAUGGGUCCCUGGAGGCGGGUGUGACGGCCUCGUUGGGUGUCCGGGCGAGGGAUGUCGUCGGGAACGCGGUGGGGGAGGGCGGCGACGAGCUGGCGGUGUAUGCUUUCCACCGCGAAGUCGAGGCGUUCACGAAGGGAACCGUUGAUGACCUUGGAAACGGUAGCUACGAUGUGUGGAUUACGCCCACCGUGGCCGGGCCAUACUUUAUCUCCUUGGCUCUCGAAGACCAGGAGGUGGCAGACAGCCCGUACUCGGUUGUAGUGACACCCGGCGAUGCCUACGGGCCGUCUUCGUCGGCGUAUGGCGGAGGUAUUUCGACGGCCGUGGCUACCCUCGAGAAUGUCGUUUACGUCCAGGCAAGAGACAGGUGGGGCAACAACCUGUGGGGCAGCGGUUUCAAUGUGACGGCAGAGCUAUACCUCGGCGACAACGCGGCGGCGGCGACAAAUCAAGGACGAAACAGUACCGACCCAGCUGCGAGCAACGAGACCAGCAGCAACACUUGGAGUUCCUAUUCGGGGGAAGACGGGGAGAAGCCUUUGGUGACGUUCUUCGGGAACGGUUCCGGGAUAGCGCUGGUCACGUACGUCCCUCGAGAGGCCGGUACAAGCUUCCUGUACGUCCACGUGAACGAUCUCCAGGUGGCCGGUAGCCCCUUCGAGGUGAACGUUUCGGCAGGGCCGGCGCGUGGCGCAAACGCUACCGCUUCGGGCUCCGCCCUCGCCCUUGCUACCGCCGGAAAGAACGCCUCCUUCAUUAUCCAGGCCAGAGAUGGCGGAGCCAACCCUGCCGCCGAAGAGAGUGAAAUACACGCAGACGAGGAGGGGGUGGGAGGGACGGCAGGAACGACAUCCUCCGUGUUUAACGUUACGCUAACGAGGAUCGAUGGGGUGGGGUUGGACGGAGAUCAGGAGGAUAGCGUUAACUCGACCGUCGUCUACGCCGCGGUGGAGGAUAUAGGGGAUGGCAAGCACGAGGCCGUCUACAACGCCACAAAGACCGGCAAUUACUCCCUCGAGGUCGUUGACGCGUCCGACGGGGAGCACGCCGUGGGGUCUCCGUUCCAGGUUGUGGUAGAGCCCAACCAGGCCUUCGCGCCAGCGACGUUGGUGUGGUGGGAAAGGCAGGUGUGUGGAUCGAACGUCAUUCACCUCCAAGCGGUGGACUUUUGGCACAACAACAUCACGCAGGGCGGGGAAGCUUUCGUGGCACGCUGGAAGCCCCGAGAGAACCAGGUUGAAACCGUCGCCACCGCCUACGAAAUCGUCGCAGCAGAUGACGACCGUGCUGAUGCAGCUUCGGAAACAACCGAAGAAGGAGACUUUUGGACAAGCGAGGACGGUUGGGACGACACGGCUUCGAUUGCCGCCGGCUUCUUCUUUCCGGCGCCUACAACCACCAACACCACCAACGCGAGCGACAACAGCGGCUCCCAAUACGCAUCUAGUGGUGGUGACACUGGCGCAUAUGUAACCGACGUCGGCGGGGGGCGGUACGAAGUCACUACGGCUGCCGUCGCGGGCUCGUAUUGGCUCGAGAUCGGGGUGGUGGAACCCGGCGGCCUCUGGGGAACGUACUACGAACACGGCGGCGUUGAAACGGAAGUCAAGGCCGACCUCGAAGGCGAGUACCGGUUCCGGGUCGCCACCGACAGAAGUUCGAGGGUCGCUCUGUCCGUAUCCGGAGUCGAGUUGUUCGACGAUCUCCUUCCAACAUCCGAAACAACUGGGGGAUCCGCGGCCGACAUGACAAGCGACGAGGCUUCUGCUGGAACCGCUAUGCUAUCUAAGGGAAGAACGGGGAGCCUGUUGCUAGCAGCGGGCGAAAUGGUCCCGCUGCAGCUCCGAUACGCGCACGCAACGGGUGAGGCGUGGGUCCGACUGGAAUGGACCGCCUCCCGAACAAAAGCCACGGAAGGCCUCUCCGUUGUCCCAUCGACCAGCCUGUUCCACCACCGACUGGGCUGGAAGGUUGCCGUCGAUUUACACCCGGCUCCGACGGCGGCGGGGGCGUCAACCGUAGCACUGUGGCCCCCGGCCCCCAUCUCAGACACCGACAUCGGGGAAGAUGAGGGCGAUGGCGGAGACGAGGAACUCGACGAAGAAGAGGAGAGUGAAGUUGGGGCAGGAGGGGGAUUACACGCAGGGGAAGGGAAUGAUGGGACGGCCGGGUGGAUGGCGGGGACGGGGCUGAAGCAGGUUACCGCCGGAAAGAUGAUGGAGAUCGUGGUGCAGGCUAGGGACGACCACGGCAACCACCGCGGUGUUGGCGGAGACAGCGUCCAAAUGUACGCGCGAGGCCCCGGGGGGGUUAUGCUUCACGGUGGUGCCGUGGACACCGGGGAUGGCAACUACACGGUGUCCGCCUGGCCGGUCAUGGCGGGGGCUUACCACAUGAGUGUCCUGGUUAGCUCGCUCGAGCCGUCGCGUUGGGCCCUGGGCUACAGGAGCGUCGAGCAAGCGAUGGCCGGGGCGCACGUGUCCGGCAGUCCGUUCCGGUUGUUGGUGGUGGAGGGAGCCGUGGCCGCCAACGCCUCCUUGGCGUUCGGGGUAGGGAUCGAUUCGCCCCUCGCCGGAGGCGUGUUCGGCACGUCCGCGUUUACGAUCAGAGCGAGGGAUUCGAUGGGGAACCGGGUGUCCUCCGGAAGCACGGGCGACUUUAACGUGGAGCUAUUCCUGGCGGACGAAGCUACGGUGACGAUGGGAGAUGGCGUCGAUCCAUCCCCGGUUUCUGUCGGGAACGCCGUGUACACGGCCGGGGGGGAGUACGCGGCAACAUAUAACGUUACUGUGGCGGGGGACUACGCUCUGCACGUGACGCAAUCGUUGACGGGAGGGCACAUUGCGGGAAGCCCAUUCUCCCUGCACGUCUCGCCAGGUCCUUCCUACGCCGCAACAUCGGUGUGCGACGACUGCGAGGCAAUUUUCUCCGCCGAGGGCAAUUUCUCGGUAAAUUCUACAAAGCUGGUUCUCUUCUCCGCUAGGGACGCCUUCGGCAACACCCUGGAGACAGGCGGAGAUGAGUGGUUCGUACGAUUGAGAGGGGCGGAGGAAGGGGUUUCUGAUGCAGAGGUGCGACAUCCGGUGGUCGCCGAUCAAGGAAGUGGCUCCUACAGCGUCGCGAUCAAGCCAGGCGUUACUGGUCUCUACGAAGCUCAAGUGCUGCUGCUGUCAAAAGUAUCAACAGAGGACUUUUUAGCCGACUUGGGCGGGAGAUCCAGAGGUGGAGGGCUAACCGCCCAGUACUACACUAACGCCCGCUUGGCUGGGAGGCCACUUGUCACAAGGAUUGACCCUUCGAUCCAGCUAGACUGGGGGUCGGGGGUUCCGCCAGGCGUCUCGAGAGUGGGAUCUACGGGGGGCACGGUUGGGAUUCGGUGGGACGGGUUCUUAAAGGCACAAGUCUCGGGGGAGUUCACGUUUACGAUCAGCACGGGGGCCGGGGACGAGUCAAGGCUCUGGAUUCGAGACGAGCUCGCUAUCGACACAUUUUCAACGUCCCCUUCCGACCUCGUCCGGUCGACGUCCCCCGUCCCUGACGUCACCGUGGCCUCGCAAAACGCUACCUUGCUAACAGCCGGAGAGGUGGUCAGGCUGCGCGCGGAAUACGUCCACCACGGCGGCGGUGGGAUCGUCCGGGCUGUGCGAGUCGUUGUGGGCUGGGAAAGCCCCGGAACGCUACAGCCCGCGCAAGCUUUGCCGUCGUUUGCGCUGUUUCCGUCGGCGGGAGAAAUUGCCGGAAGUCCGUUUGCUUUUAGUGUCGUUUGA